AUGAGGAUACUCGCAACAGCAGCAUUUGGCGGUCUGCUCAGCACAUUUCAUGCUUCGGCUCACCCCCAAAGCUCGCCGUCAUCAGCCACUUCGUUCUCUAGAGCCUCAUGUCCUGACGAGGCGGUGAGGUUGUAUCUCGCGGAUCCACCAUACGACAAUUACUUCUACUCAGAUUGCCACUCCAGCUCCCAUGUUGUCGUAACCACCCCUCGUCCAGGCAGUAAUCUUGAGAGAAUCCAACCUCGUCUGCUCAUCGCCUGGCCUGCAGGUAACAGCGGUGCCCUUGCACUCUUCGUUCCGGAGAGUGGCAUCAAAGGCUCUCUCGCUAUACGACUUGAAAACUCAACGACCAGUGGCAAGAUCUUGAAUCCUAUCACGGAAUCAGAUCGCGUCGGUAUCUCAGGUUCCAUCAACUUCAAUAUUACCGCCAGACUAAUUGUACCUAUCCUGGGCAGCAUCCGUGCCAUCCGCGAUUUCACUGAGGGAGCCGGCGUGAGCCAAGACUUCCAAAAGAGCUUUGGGUUUUCCUUGAAUGCCGAUGGAGGUGCAACUGUUAAUCGAACGUGGUUUGACAACGUAACGACUACAUGGCUUACAUUCACGCCUAUGAAUGGCGCAGACACCGUUGUUCUGAAUCGUGAAGCAGCUUGGACACUGACAUUCGGAGCUGGGACCUAUCGUUUUGAUGCUUCCUUCAACUAUCCGCAGCUCGAACAACUGAGCCCGCAACAAGUGCUGAAUGCCGCUUCUGCAAAUUUGAUUGGCGAAAACGUAGACCAGACUACUUCCUUGUCGUUCCUCUCAUACUCGGACAAGCUCCUCGCAGGAACAUGGCGCUUCCUGACGUAUUUUGGACGUGAUAGUAUGAUCAGUAUGCUCCUUAUGCAGUCCAUUUUGAGUGAAGCAGCUAUUGAGGCCGUUAUCGGUGCGGUGUUGGAGCGAGUGAACCGUACUGACGGGACCGUGUGCCACGAGGAAGUCUUGGGCGACUACGCCACCUACCUCAACGCGAAGGAGAACGUUGUUUCCUCUGCCCCAAGAUGCGAUUACAAGAUGAUCGACACCGACUUUUUCCUCCCAAUUGCCAUGCAAAGCUACUUUCUAGACACCGAGCCCGGCAGAAACCGCGCUUCUGGGUUCUUUGACACUGCUGCUACCUUCCUGGCCCAGAAUAACGGAUUAACGUACGCCAGCCUUGCUCAGCUGACUGCAGAGAAAAUUAUGCGGAUCUCAGCGCCUUUUGCAGAGAAUCAGGUGCAAGAGAAUUUGAUCCGUCUCAAAGCAGACGAGCCGGUUGGUGAAUGGCGGGACUCGAACGAUGGUCUUGGUGGCGGCAGGAUACCGUAUAAUGUGAAUACUGCUCUCGUGCCAGCCGGUCUACGUGCAAUUGCUGCAUUAAGUCGAGCAGGAUACUUUCCGGAGCACUCGAAUUGGGGCGAGGUUGCUGAUCGUUAUGCGCAAAUUUGGGAAGACAAUUCCCUCGCCUUCUUCCAAGUCACUGUUCCCCGCGAUACGGCCACCUCACUCGUCUCAGCCUACGCAGCCAGCAUCUCAGUGCCUGCUCACACGGUAAAUAUCACAUCCGACAUAACCUACUACGGCCUCGCCCGUGACAGUGCCAUCCUCCCAUCCUCCCCCGUAGUCCCUGUAAUGAACACGGAUGACUGUUUCCGCCACUUCUUCCUCAACACUACAGAUCAGACCCAACUCAGUACAUAUCUCUCCCAAACAGCAGAUCACAUCCUAAACCCUUUCCCAGUGGGGCUGAGCAGCCAAAUUGGCCUUUUUGUCGCAAACCCCGCGUAUGUAGGAAACUCUGAUUUUGAACGGAGGUUUGACAAAAGUGAAUAUCAUGGGACAGUGGUGUGGAGUUGGCAAUUAGCCAUGAUGGCAGCAGGAUUGGGGAGGCAGAUUGGGCGGUGUAUGCAUAACAACGAUCAGCCUGACUUCUGCAUCGACACGGACCUAUACAACAAGAUACUCGCAGCGUACAACUACCUCUGGGACAUUAUUGACAUGAAUCGUGCACAGCUUAGUCUGGAGGUGUGGAGCUGGGAGUAUAAUGACGAAUACCAGGUUGAGCCGUUGGGUGCACUGACGGCGACAGAGAGUAAUGUGCGGCAGCUGUGGAGCCUUACGUUUCUGGCAGUACAUCGGGAGUCCUUUCCACUUCACUCGUGA